UUUAAUAUAAUUACAAUUUUAAAUUAACGCGUUACCUAUCUAUGAAUUGAUCGUGUGAUCGGAAAGUACAACCYCGACGGUUACUAUAAUAUUAUAUAGUCUAUCACGUGCUCAGUGUUGUGUUAUCGUACUAACUACUAAUUUAUUCACUGCUGCCGUUUGUUGUAUCACUUUCUGUGGCAGAAACGCACGGCCACCGAGUAGAUUGUGGUUUUUGUUUAUUUAAAACAAAAGAAUCGUUUAUAUUUUUUCUGCCAAUUAAAUACACGACACGGCAAUGGGCGAAAAGCGUAGUGUCAUGUUUGUAUGCUUGGGUAACAUUUGUCGAUCUCCAAUGGCUGAAGCCGUGUUCAAUGAAGUGGCUAGGCAAAAAGGUGUCGCCGACAAGUGGUAUGCAGAAAGUUCCGGUACAGGGGGAUGGCAUGUGGGCUGUUCACCAGACCCACGGACAAUUACUGUACUGAAAAACAACGGUAUCAAGUACAUGCACACUGCACAACAGUUCGACUUGGAAGACUUGAAUAAGUUUGAUUUUGUUUUUGGAAUGGAUAAGAGUAACGUGGAUUUCAUCAAUCGCAAGAAACCAUCAGAUAAUACAAAAGCAAAAAUAUUGUUGUUAGGGUCAUUUGAUCCAGAAGCAAUCACCACCGGAAAAACUAAUAUAGAUGAUCCAUAUUAUGAUACUGAUAUUCGAGGAUUUGAAAAAUGUUUUCAACAAUGUAUGAGAUCUUGUCAAGCAUUUCUGGACAAAUAUAAUUAAUUUUUUUUUACAUAACUUUUAUUAAAUGAUAAAUGUUGAAACAAAAUGUUUAAAAAAAAAA